CCUUUAACCUCUUUAUCGUGCUCUUUAUUCUAUAGGUUUGAAUAAUGAAUCACUUUGUUGUCCUCUCCUCGUUCUGUUUUCAUCACAGAGGGGUAAGCUGAAAUUGAAUGAUUCUCCCACCUCCGACCCCCUCAGUCGCUCUCUCUGCGCUCGCUCCCUGCUUCUUCCACUGUCUCGUUCAGAAGCGUAGCGCUUCGCUUGCCUCGCUGAGCUACUGAUGGUCGGGGGGCUACAAAGUUUAUCUGAUUUUCCAGAGAGAGGUUUGGAGCUGGACUAAAAAGGCAGGGACAAUAACAGGAAGCUGGGCUGGGCUGAUCACUUUUGCCACUGGAGUGGCCUGAUUGUCUGUGGGAGCUCAGACAGGUUCACAUGCAGCUGGACAACAGGCAACACUGAUCUGGAAGUGAGAAGGAUAUUUAACUCUGCGUAUUUACAUACUGUAGGAAUUGUUGAAUCGAAGAAGAUUGUUAAAAGAACUUGAUGAUGAAACAAUCUGCCUGGAGGCAGAUGACUGAGCCUUGCUUUUGGGCAGGUCUCUUGGUCAUUUUAUGUGACCUCAGCAUGGCAUUGGAUGCCCACCAUGCUUUAAAACUUCCAUCUACACAGAGUGGAGUGCUCCAAAGACAUAAAAGAGCAUGGAAAUGGGACAAACUUUAUGUGUUUGAGGAAACAGCUCCACAGCCUUUAGGUGAAAAAAUUGGAAAGCUGGAUAACACACUUUAUAGUGAGUCUGCACGAUAUAUCCUCUCAGGGCAAGGCGCCAAUACCGAGUUUACUGUCAAUGACUUGGGAGAUAUACUUUUUCAUGCAAAACUGGACCGGGAAAAACAGAGCAUCUACAAACUCUCAGCUUCACUCAUCAACAUUCAGACCAAGGAAAAGCUUGAUAAAGAUGAGCCUUUUAUAAUUGUGGUGCUUGAUAUCAAUGACAGUGAACCUGUUUUUCCACCUGCCCUCUCUGGAUCCAUCAGUGAAUCAUCUAGAGCAGGAACUACUGUGAUGACGGUGAAAGCAACAGAUGCUGAUGAUCCAACCACUCAAAAUGGAAGAAUUGAAUACAAACUUCUAAACGGAACUGACCUCUUCCAAAUCAACAAUGAAGGUGUUAUCGGAACAACAAAAGACACGCUUGACCGAGAAAAACACAAUCAGUAUUGGAUUAAAGUACAAGCCAAAGAUAUGCCAGGAUCAAAUAAAGGAAAUAGUGCUACAACCAUAGUGACCAUCAACAUUACUGAUAUCAAUGACAACAUUGCCACCUUCAAGACAGGAACAUACCAAUUUAGAGUAAAAGAGGACACAAAACCAGGAUCUGAAAUUGGCAUAUUAGGAGUGGAGGACAGAGAUGAGAUCCAAAACAAAGACCCAACGUUUACUUUACAGCAAACAUAUCGUGAAAUGUUUGGCAUUAGACCAAAUAAUGAUAAAGAUGGCAUCCUUAGCCUCAAAGUGCCUCUGGACUACGAAACAGUGAAGACGUACAUCUUCAGUGUAUUUGUGGACGAGCACACAGUUUCAAAAUCCCCGGAUAACCAAGGACCCAACCUUCUCAAGAAAGCCCAGGUUGUCAUCAAUGUAAUCGAUGUUGACGAACCACCUGUUUUCAACCAAACAGAAUACAAGUUCAGCAUUUAUGAAGGCCCUUAUAAGACUCCCAUCAUUGGAGCUGUCUCAGCACGGGAUCCAGAUAAAACUGGUUACAAAAUAAGGUAUUCUAUUGAAGACCCACACUGCCCUGUAACUGUGGAUCCUGUACAAGGGCAUCUGUCUUUAAAGAGACAACUGGAUAGGGAGCAAGAAUCCUCAUACACUUUCCAAGUUAUAGCACAGGAAGAUGUAAUAAACGGUCAAAAAUCCUACGCAAUGGUAAAUCUGAAGGUUCUUGACAUAAAUGACAAUGUGCCAGAACUAACUAAUGGGAGUUAUGUAUAUGUUUGUGAGGGUGACGAACCAGGCACGGUCAUUGGAAUUAUUGGUGCCCAUGACCAGGAUGAGAAUUCAGGCAGAUUCCGCUUUGCUCUGGCAAAAAAGAGUUCAAACUUUUCCCUUCAUGACCACCAAGAUAACACUGCAAGCAUUGUGCUGAAGCAGGGAGGUUUCAGUACAGAGCGCUCAGUGGAGUACAUGCUUGAAAUCGAGAUCUCCGAUGGAGGUACACCAGAGCAAAAGAGCAUUAACUCGCUCCACAUUAAAGUGUGCACGUGCCAGUCGGGGCGGAGGACGGAGUACUGCAGGGCGUAUGCCCAGACUGGAGUGAGCGUCAGUGCCCUCUUAGCCAUUCUUCUCUGCAUUGUCACAAUCUUGGUCAUCGUCAUCCUCAUUGUACUGCGGAGACACUAUCAGAAGGACGAUUUGGUCGCCCUUGGCAAGUCAUCUGGUGAGAUGCACGAGCAGCUGGUGAGAUACGAUGAGGAGGGUGGAGGAGAGAUGGACACAAACGGUUACGAUGUCUCCAUUCUGACCUCUGCCUGCCACGACAGCAGCUUUCAGCCCGCCCCUGGGCCUUCACUCUAUGCCAUGGUAAAGAAACCCCCUGCCUGCAAGGGUGACAUGGCCAUGAUGAUCGAGGUGAAGAAAGAUGAGGCAGAUCACGACCGGGAGGGAAUUCCCUAUGAUACAUUACAUAUCUAUGGCUACGAGGGUACAGAAUCCUUGGCAGGUUCCCUCAGCUCUUUGGACUCGUCCUCCACUGCAUCCAAUUUGGACUAUAACUUUUUGCAUGAGUGGGGACCGCGUUUCAGCACUCUAGCUGAGCUUUACGGAAUAGAUGGCUCUGACACUGAUAGCUCCUAUUAAACAACAGAAAGAAUUGAGUUGAAAGCAAAUGAAGGAUCUCUCAGAUUCUAAAACAAUGUGAUGGCGCCCGCUAUCAUCCCUUUGUGGGACUUUGUGUCAGGGUCCCUUUAAAAAGUGAUUGAGAAGUGCCAAUACUUGUUCAACUCAUGCAUUUUAUGACAAGCACUACAAUAUUUGUAAUUUUGAUAGAAUGAGUGUUAGUAUAAAAACUUGCCUUUUGUCUAUUUUUCGUAUAUGCGGAAAACAACAUUGUUUUGUACAAAUCAGCACUGGACACUGGAUAAAACAAACUCUUUUUUUUAUUCAUGUUAAGCCUAUCUUUAAUUUUGUAUUUUGUACUUCACAACAAAAACCUUCAGUUUUCAGUUUAUGUAUCUUUCCUAUACACAAGUUUUUUUUUAUUCUGGACUCAUGGUCGGUCUAGCAUUGUUCAGCAGCUUUUCAUCAGGAAAACUACUCUAUUGCCAUGGGAGCAACAGAGGAAGUGAUGAUAACUGUACUCUGAAAGAAUUAAAGUCUACUCCAAGUGUAUUUGACAGGAAUCAUCAGCACUUCGACUGUUUUGUGUUCAGCCCAAAUCUCUAAGGUCGACCAAUAUAAGGCAAUUGCAGACAUCUCAGGAAACGUGUAGUAACCCAUAGCUUGUUGAAAUGUGAGAAGUGAUCUAAGUAACCGAAUAACCGUGUGAAUCAUGAGGGUAUAUUUAACUUGAAUUUGCUGAAUUUGUUAUGAAGAUAGUUACAUAUACACAGUUUUACUCCACAAUAUGUAGCCAGUCUUCUGAAAGUAUUGUUUAUCUGUAUACAAUAAUAAAUAGACAAGAGGAUCUUCUUUCAUUGAAAAAUCUUUAUUUUUUUUAAAUAUUUACCUCUGCACAAUCUCUACCCCAUUUCCCAUAUUAACCACAAGCACAAUAUGUGGAAGCCACCUUUUCCUGUAGGGAAUUACAUGCCAAGCACUCUUCUCCCAUCUCGGUGAAAAUGUCCAGCUUCGUCACUAAAAUGUCAACUUCCUGUCUGUGUGAGCACAAGGAAACUCACUUCCUGCUCCCUUAUCUUUUAAGUGAAGGAACACAUUGGAACUGUUUUCCUGUUUUCUUGUCUUUGACGAACAAAGAAAAGAAACUUGCAGCAGCAAAAUGUUAAAGAACAACAUAAAUCACGCUUUCUUUGUCACAGAGGCAUUUUCUAUUCUUUAUGUGGCUAAAAAGUGCUGCACUGAUUUCCACAACGUUUUAAUUUUAUUUUCACUAUAAAAUUUAAAGGAUGCUACACUUAGUUUCAAUCUAUUAUAGGAGAAUAUAUUUCUUAUAGUAUCUUACUGUAUCUUUAUUUAUAGAUAUAUAAUUGUUGGGCUUAGACUACUGUCGUGUGAAAACAAGACAUAUGGAAAAAAUACUAUGUGCAGAAAGUUAAAGAAAAACUGGAACUGUAAUUAAAUAUAAGAUGGAGCCGUCUGUUCACUGUAUUUGUGAUUGUUGUUUAUUGUUGUCAUAUUUCCUGUGUGUAAGUAUGCUGUUGAAUCGGUUAUAUUUGACAAUACAGCAUAGUGUGUUGACUGAGAAUUUUUAUAAAUUAACAGAUUGAACAACAAUCUUGAAAUGAUCCAGUAGGUGUCAGUGUUGGGCCAAACAUUUCAUUGUGCUGUUGUUGUGUAUGUUAAAGAGAAAACAAUAUGUGCCUUUUUUAUAUUGUUAUUAUUAUUAUUAUUCUUUUUGUCUCUUAAAACUGCCAAUUUUGUAUUUGAAUAAAACACU